AUGACCGGGGAUGAAGAGCAUUCGCUCCCGGAGUUGCACACAGGUGCUCUGGAUACAGAACAAUCACCAGAACAGAGUCAUUCCAGGCAAAUUGAAUCAAAGAGGACAAAAUUAAGCGUCCUUAUAGGAUCGGGCAUAAUACAACUGCCGAUAUGGGGUUUUGCUAUGAGCUACGGUGUCUUCCAGGAGUAUUACUUCAAUAACUGGACAUUGAAAGGAGACCGCACCAUUACCGGCGUGAUUGGUACUACGGCUAAUGGUGUCAUGUACCUAUCCAUGCCCUUCCUAUUCGCUCUGUUCACCAGACACUGGGCUCGUUGGCGUCAAGUUGCAGCUGUUUGUGGCACAGUGAUCGCAUGUGCCAGCCUCUUUGUCUCCUCUUAUAGCACCACUGUUGGGCAGUUGGUUGCAACUCAGGGCGUCACCUCUGCAUUGGGAUGCGCCCUCAUCUAUAGUCCAACAACACUUUCUCUCGGGGAAUGGUAUACGACCAGUAACCGUGCUGUGGCAUACGGAAUUGUUCUGUCUUGCAAGAAUAUUGUUGGUACCAGCUGCCCAUUCAUAAUUCGAGCUUUGAUUGAUGCCUAUGGCUAUCAGACCACAUUGAAAGCCUGGACAGCGAUUAUGGGCGGAACAAGUAUCAUUGCUAUCUUGAUGAUACCGACCCAUCCGUCAAAAACCUCCAUACAUAGGACCCGAGCACGCAAGAUCCCGUGGCAUUUUCUCAAGCACCGGUCUAUUUAUUUCUAUAGCAUUGCUAUUAUCUUUCAGAGCUCUGGGUAUGGUAUCCCACAGUCAUAUUUGAGCACCUACGCUCGAGAUGUGACGUUGUUGUCUCAGACAUCAGGCACCCUCAUGUUAGCUCUCUUCAACGCUCCCGGCAUUAUUGCCUCUUCCUUCUUUGGAUGGCUGAGUGACAAUAAGAAAAUCCAUCUUUCUGCGCAGACCGUGUCUGCCAUUCCCCCAGUCUGCUGCGCUCUUUUCACAUUCUUCUUCUGGGGCUUGACCACACCAGGCAACAUUGGUCUCCUUUUAGUCUUUUCCAUGACGUUCGGAUUCUUCUCCAGUGGUUAUAGUGCCACCUGGGGAGGGAUGCUCAAGCAGAUGGAGCGUGAGUCUGCCGAGAGGAACGAAGCAGUCGACCCCGGGAUGCUCUAUGGGUUGUUAAAUGGCGUCAGAGGCAUUGGAUAUGCAAGUGGAGGAUUUGCUGGUGUGGGACUGCUGAACGCUGGAGCUAUUUCGGCCAGUCCGCGGUUUGGUUAUGGCACUGCUUACGGGCCUCUAAUCGUUUUCACGGGACUUUCCUCACUCCUGGGAGGCUGGGUGGUUCUUUGGAGGUGGAAUCCAAAGAGAUUAGUACCUUUGAUCUUAAGGGCGUAG